AUGAUCGCUGUCCACGGUGGUGCCGGCGUGCAUCCCAGAUCUACAGAGGCGGAAGUGAAGAGAUCUCUCAAGCUGGCUUGUCGGAAAGCGCUGUUGAAGCUUCAGGAAGGAAGGCCCUCCCUUGAUGCAGUAGAAGUGGCCAUAACUGCCUUGGAAGACGCGGAGUGUCUCAAUGCAGGAUAUGGGUCGAACUUGACGAUAGACGGUAAGGUUGAAUGCGACGCAUCCAUCAUGGACGGCAGCACUGGAAACUACGGCAGUGUCGGUGCAAUUUCUGGUUUCCCGCAUCCCAUUGAAGGAGCGCGAGCGGUCCUUGAGUAUUCCUCUGUACCUGAUCCCCUUGGCCGCAUAGCGCCAAUGAUACUGGUUGGCGACGGAGCGCUUAGCUUCGCGAGAUCGCGAGGGUUGCCGGACGUGCCUGCGGCAUCCAUGAUCGCUCCCCGCCCUCAGCAGGAAUGGAUCAAGUGGAAGACGGCCCUCGAUUCUGCAUUAUCGUCGCAGAAAGAUGCCGUUCAGAUGGGAGCCGCAACCUCAGCUGGCGACCGGCAUGCCGUGUCUUCUGACCUGCGUCAGAAGCAAGAUACGGUUGGCGCUGUCUCAUGGGACUCCGGAAAAACGCUCGCUGCAGGGGUAUCUAGCGGCGGUCUGUUGCUGAAACACUCCGGUCGGAUCGGUGAGGCUGCGGUGUACGGUGCGGGCUGCUGGGCCAGGGAGUGCUCAAGUGAGACCAUUGGCGGCGUGACGUGCAGUGUUUCUGGAGCCGGCGAAGAUAUUAUCCGUGCCGCGCUGGCAAAAACUAUAUGUGACGCGCUGGAAACGUCAGAAGGGGACCGCACCCACGCCGUAGUCCAAUCUAUUCUGGCGGACCGAUUGAAUGCGGUCCGCGCCGGUGAAGAGAUCCGUGAAGCUGAGACAGGGCUGCUGCUGCUGGUGAAGGAACGUGAUAUGCACGACCAUAGGAUUAUACCUCGAUUGUGGUGUGCAUUUACAACGGAAAGUAUGGCUAUUGCCUAUGCAUCUUCAUUAGACCCAAGACCAAAGGCGCUAGUGUUACGGCGGAGUUCUGCGGAUCGCAUCAAUGGAAGACCGUUCUACAUCACCGCAUUGCCUUUGACAAGGGCCUGAAUGUUUUUUAGUUCAUACGUCGUUGUUGACCGAGCCUCUAAUGUCGCCCCAAAGCACUCAUUAGAACUACGGUGCUGAGUACACUGUGCCGGCAUGCCUAUCAGAUUUUGGAUGCGGAGGAAUUCCAAAGAAGCUG